AUGGCACCUUCCGGAGGUGAUCCGUAUCGAUCGCCUCCGAUAAUACGGAAACGAUCCUCGUUCCCGUUAACAGUGAUGUUACGGAAGUUGCUCGGUUUGCUCACUACCGUAGUCUUUGUGUUCGUUAUCAUUUUGGGCACACCGGUCUUCAUUGCUCUAGGGAUUAUUGGAUUCGUUAAGAAGAAAUCACGUCGGUGGUCAUACGUGGACGGAUGUUGCACACAUCAAUGGCCAAUAUCUGGGACCGAUCCGGAUUUGGCGGGUAUCGUCGUAUCGGGUGCUAUCGAUUUGGACUACCUAAAUAACAGUAUUCAACGGGUUUUGGUGGAUAGUCGAUCGAAUCUGUUCGAGAACGCGAACAACGAUGUUACGGCUAAUAUAGGGAAAUUGUGGGAUCAUAGUAAUUUUCGUGUUGCGACCGAUGCCGAUCUCCUGACGCUACAACAACAGGAUAACGUGCUUCCGUUGCAGAAAACUACGCUUUCGUUAGUCCCCGAAUUUGUGCACUCACUUAAGAGGUUGACGUCAUCAUCGUUGGUGUUGACGUCAACAGCAGCGGAUUGUGCUUACGUUUGUGUACAACGUCUAUUGUGUAUGUUGAUGAACGAGAGGGCAUCAUUCGAGAUGGAACCUUACGCCCCGUUGCGUGGCUGGCAACAACAAAUUUUCGGCUGUUUCCCUCAAACCGCUGUUUGUAUGAGUGUUAAGUUCGUCAUGGGUGGUCCAUUUUCACUUCUGCUAUUAGCGCUACGAGGACAACAUCCGGUUUGGAAGUAUCUGGAGUCAAAAGAUAACGUGUCCGGAAGAAAUCGGAGACGUUUAAAGGUUCUGACACAUCGGAGCUCAUCCUCAGUGCUCAUGGACUCAGCGCCGGAUGAUCCGGCGUCGGAUGCGAGGAGCCCAGCGCUUGGCGAUCGAAGUUUGCUCAGCAGAAAUGUACCCUCCGCAGCCGCGCAUCAUCGACGUUGGAUGAGCGUCAAACAUCCGGAACUGAUUCUUCGAGCCGAAAAACUUCUCCGAUCCUCCUCGUCGGAACUUUUUCUUGCGCUUAUCGCCGGUGCAUUACGCAAUCAUUUCCGAGAGCAGGGCAUAUUACAUCCUCCAGAUCUUGGUUGUGUAGCGCCUAGUUCAUCUCGUGGAUGUCCACCUAUAGGGGAUCGUUGCGAUACGAGUUUACUUCCGUUUCAAUUACCAACAAGUGUAGAAGGAGCGAUUCCUCGUCUAUGGGCCGUGCAACGAAAUAUCGCGAAAGCGAUCGAAGGAUCUACGUCCGGAGCGGUCACGAUCGUCCAGGGCAUCGCUCGUAACUGUCUUCCGGCUUCUUUGGCGAAAUCUACGUUUCGUGUCGUCUAUCGAUCACAUGCCGUAUAUUUUGCCCUUUAUAGGACGAGCGUGAAUCGGAUCAGCCCCAACGCUGCCGUCCAGACCAUUUUCAUCUUCCCGUCGCUUGUACCAACGGUUCGCGCAGCGUUUGUCUUCAUUCAACACGACACCGGCAUAGAUAUGACCGUAUCGCUUUGCAGCAGAACAUUCCCGAAUCCGGAAAGAGUUCUAGAGAGUUUUCAGCGUGAAACUCGACUACUUCUCGAUCAUCUCUCGCUUCGACUACUCUCACUACCGGAAACUACCGUACUCCCAGGUGUACCGGCUUGUUUACGACAUGAGAGGACCGAGAACGAAAUGGAAAGCGAGAUGUUCGGAAGCGCAUCGUUCAACCUAAAGAUCACUCACGAUCCGUUGGACCAAAAUGGACACGAUUACUCGCUGGAAGAGCUAUACCGACUGCUGGACGUCGUUCAGACCGAGCUUGACAGUAUGCGUUGUAAUCCAGAAGUGGGGUUGAGAAGUCAUUAUAUCGAUCGAUUAACUCGUCUGGAAGAAAAGAUGCAGAACUUUCAUGAAUGUAUCUCACAAAAACUUAGCGCCGAGAAAAUGGAAGUACCCGGUGGAUCUGGUGACAGUGAAGUCGGCGACGCUAUAGCAAAUGUCCUUGCCCCAUACAGAGACGAACCCGGAACAUCCGGUGCUCGUCGAUUCAGUCGAGAAUAUGCGCGAACCGAAACGUCAACAAGUCGGAAAAGUUCGAGGGCAUCCUUGUGA